AUGUGCAGGAGAACAGGCAGCGACAGUCUGAAGGCUGCAGGAGUGCCAUACCCAGCCAAUGGGAGGCCAUAUACUUCAGGUAUGAGAACCACCUCUCAGUCUGUCAUCAAGCGGCAGAAAGUGAGCCAGGGAGAAGCUCCCAACCCUGUGGUGUUUGUUGCCACAAAGGACACCAGGGCUCUGAGGAAACAUCUCACCCAGUCUGAGAUGCGCCGGGCAGCAAGGAAACCUCACCUCCUGGUCCGGAUCAAACUGCCGCCGCCGCCACGCUCCCUAGCCAUGCCCAUCGUCCCCUCCAACACCAGCGAGCCCAUCGUCCUGGAGGACUGAAAAUGAGGGCUGAGGGUGGUCUUUUAACAGGACAUGGGGAGGGGCUGUGUUUAAGCCAUCACUUAUAGGCAGCACAGUACAGCAUACAGUAGUCUUUUUUUUUUUCCUCCCCCAUUUUCAGUGUCAUGUUCCUUUAGUCCUCUUUUACUUCCCAUAAGUUAAUGUGUUUCUCUCUCUGUCACACACACACACACACUCAGUAAGCACACAUUAAACCCUCAGGGCUCCAGCAUACACGCUGAAUUGGUCGCCAAUGGUAACCCCGCCUCGGCUCCGUACCAUUUAAACUUAGAGUGCAGUAUUGUCCUGAGUGGUAGGCGUCGCCACUAUCGGAGGAGGAGAACUCAAAACAGGAAGCAGAUAAUUUUUUAAAGUGUGCACUCGGAGGCUCUGAGCUGCUGUGCUCUGGUCAUUACAAUAGUGUUAAAAUCCAACACACAGCAGCAACGGCACAACUGGCUGAAGUGACAGCAGAGCAGCAUCUCGUACCAGCAGACGUCACAUCGCUUUGUUGUAGAGCAGCAGCCAGCGUGAUGGAGCCCUCACACUCACACUCGCCCUGCUUUUAAACGUGUCAUUUUAAAUUCAUAUAUUUUUCUUCCUGGAGCAAUGGUGAUGAAGCAGACAUCGUUUGACUUUCCCGUCUCUUAUCUUUGUGUAAAUAUAUGCAUCACUGAAGGGGCGACACCCUUACAGGACUGUAGGACAGCUUGAGCAGGCCCAGGGUUUGCCUCGGUUUCAGGAUUCCUCUCGAGCCUCCUUUCCUCCAUCCUAGCAGAGCAGAAUCAUCGGGUGGGCUGUGGUGAUGGAGGGAAAUGUGGUGUUAGUCUGCUGCGUGGUGUAACUCUUUCCGUGGCUGCAGUCUGUUCAACACACUUGACUUUACGUUCAGUUCUCUCAUUUUAGGAACAAACCUCAGAGGUGUGCACACCUGUCCACCCACUGAAACAGAGUGUAAAUGUCACAGGGUCGGACCUAGACUUUACAAAGACGCAGAAUCGGAGCCUCAUACAAACCUGUUUCCUUCUAUUAUUGAACCCUCGGUGUCAAAAUAAGAGUUUGAGCUGAUUGGAAGCACUAACUGAAAACACUGAAGGCUUCGUCUGCAGUUGUUUUUGGUUUAGUUUGUUCCCCUCAGUGCGUCUCUGCACAGAGCAAAUGCUAAAUCACUACUCUGGGCAGCAGCCAAUCAGGUUUCUUUGAAAUAGGCUUUUAUUCCAACAGCCACUCUGUGCUUUGCUUGCUGUAAAUUGUUAGUAGAUACAGAAGGAGAGGUGCAUGACAGCCGACAACAGAGGCUGCUUACUCACGACUGAGUUAUCAUGAAUUUGGCUUUGAGAUCAUGUGUGGGAUUUCUGCAGAAGUCCAAAAUGAAGCCAUAAUGUGCAGGAGAACAGGCAGCGACAGUCUGAAGGUCAGUUCAUAAAUGUGGGUCGAAUCAAGCAGAAAAUGUAUGCAAAAACACGGGAACACACCAUGCAGACCUUUGACCCUUUUGUCUUCAUGCAGCCUUCUUCCUGUUCUGUACAUGUGCUGAUGUUUUGGUUCUGACGGGAUGUGAGGACUGUGCGGAGGAAUCUUCUGCUGUUUGUGGGUUCUCUUUGUUUCCCUCCCUCUCUUUGUACCUUUAUCGGAGGGAGAGUGCUGAAACCGAGCUGUACGGCAGUGAUGACUUUUUUAAGCAGAUUCGGUCCCGAUGUGAGCUUUGUAAUAUUUCCUCUCAAAAAAGAAAUUGAAUUGUCAAGUUUGUAGCAAAUGCUAAUGUGUGUAAAGGAAACUGCAGACGUGGAAUAUUGAAAACUUUUAGUUUUGGUUUGUUUGUUUUUAAUUUUGUACAUCUGAGGUGUGUAACUCUGUUAAUGAGGAGACUGCGCUAACAGGCUACUGUACGUGUGAAGCAUCUCUCCGUCAGCGGGUGGGUGGACUGCUUCUUUUAACCAGGACUGACCUUCAAAAGGGACAGGGUGUGGAUUUUUUUUAAUGAUGGAGAGACAAACAUGCCACAAGUGAAACUUUUUCUCAAGUGUUUUUUAUUCCGAUGUCUCUGUAUCCUUUAAUGUAUCUUGAUAAGAAAAAAAAAUAAAGAUUUUUUUUUUCUUCGUGGUCA